AUGAGGGAUACCCACAGUGUCGUCAAUUGCACAGAGUGGGAGGAGAGGGAGGACGGAGAAGAUGAGGGGACAGAGAGCGAUCUGAACAUGGACUCACGGAUCGCCCAUGCAUCAACUUCGCUCCCGGGCACGCAGGCACAAGUCUGCACGGCCCUCGUGCGGAUACGGGAAGAGCAAGGCCAAGUCGGCGCGAUGUCUGUGCCAUGUCAAAGUGAUAGUACCGGCUUCCUGCAUAGAGACUUCCAGGGUCUGGAGCGCAUCCACGCUAUUGGCUUGGGCAUUUCCACUUUUCUUCCAUUUCCAAACUUUAUUGGCUUGAUACCAAAACGUCCAACGUUCACGCCAGCGGCCGGCCCAUGUGUUAGCGGGCAGAAUGAAAUUACCCGGCUAGGGUGGUUGACGAUCGGACUCGUAUCACCAUCCGCAAGCAUAUCAUCCAACAUAUGGCGCCUGCAUGUUGGGUGUGAUUGCGUGCCGAAGCACGUCUGUGAAAGAGUAUUGCGGGUGAUGCAGGAAACGGCUGGCUCCCAGCAGACGUUGGGAAUUGCCCGCGCACAUUAUGCGAAAUGA